AUGUCCGAGCCGCCUCCCUCUGUCCCCGCAUCCUCCUCCUCCUCCCCCUCCCCGCCGCCCUCCCCCGGCAACCAUCACCACCAUCGCGCGCAUCCGCCUCUCCAACACAUCGCGACCCUCCUCCCGCACCCGCCACAUCCACACCUCCCGCACCAUCACCUCCACCACUCGAUGUACUCCCCGAGUUCGCGCGCCGCGGACAUCUCGCGCCUCCUGGAUCCCGCCUACGCGAGCGGGUCCUCGUCCUCCGACUCCUCCACGCGAACCCGCGUCUCCGGCUGGACGAGCCCCGCGUAUCGCGCCACGCUCCCCCUCGACGUGAAACACACCCAGACGCGCGCGUACGUCGACCACCAAGGCGACCUCCACGACCCCGACUAUCGCGACUUCCCCGUCCUCACUCCCACACGCCGCACGCGCUCCCACAACACGCGCCACCCCAGCGGCGGCGGCGUCACGGCGCGUCGCUCACGCAGCGCGAGCCGGCCACGUUACUCGCCCUCGUACGCGCUCCCGCGCCCGGAGUGGGAACGCGAUUGGACAGCGGAACUUGACGAUGACACAGAUGAGGAGGAGGUCGAGGAGACGGACGCCGAGUCGCAGAGCCACUAUUCGCCCUUCGCGAGCGCGUCGCGCGCGUCCCCUCGGCGCGCUGUUACAAUCCACACUACCCAGCCUUACCGUGACACCGCAUACGCGACGCCCUACUCGGAUUACUACGCGGACCCACAACCCCUCCCAUUCGCAACAUCGCCGUCAGGCUCUCGCGAGUCCCCGAUCACUGAGUCGCCCCUGGAAGACUCGCCGUUUGAUGAAGAUGAGUUCGACGCGUCGGAAGAGCGCAAGGGCAAGAGUAAUGGACAUGGCUCUGUCCUGCGAAAGAGACGCGCGACCGACUCGAAGGAAGACGUUGUCACCGAGGACAUGGACGUCAGCGCGGACGCUGCAGCCGAUGCUGAUAUAGGGGAGGAGAGGCCACUACGCAAGACGCGAUUCACCUUUGCGGGUGAGCAGGGAGACGACGUACCAACCUGUUCAGCCAGCCUGCGGCAACAAUGGGCAGCGGUGUCGCUGCGCAUACGUUUCGGGCUCUUCCACGCCCGGCGGCGACUUAGCUUCCGGAGCAGGCGAUACUCUACCUCGGACGCGUCGUGA